AUGUAUCUUAAAAUAAACUAUUAACUACAACCCGGUUAGGGACUUUAACGAGAAAUUUUUUUGACAGCCUAAGAAAUUUGACAAGGGAAGUAUUCUAUCAUAUUUUUUGCUUAUAAACUGUUUGACAAUAUUGGCGAUAGUGACGCUUAAUAUUUAACUAAUUACUAAUAAUGAAUAUUCCAACAAAAGAAUCUAAUUCACUUGGAAAUUUGAAUAAGUUGUCGCUUGAGGACUUAUUGUCUGCUAAACGGCGCUUUGAGAAUAUAUUGACCAGCGAAAGUCAAUUGCAAACACUUUCAGAUAAAGGACAAAAAAUGGAAAUUGCAUUAGACUGUGUGCUGAAGGAAUUGCAACUGCGAGAACUUCAAAAUUCCAUUGAAUCUAAUUUUUCACAUCUAUUUAUUGAACCAAAGCGUAUAAAUACGUAUAUGGUUUGGGAAUGUAAGCUGUCGAGGAGAAAUAUCGUAGUGAAAGAAGAUGUGACUGAUAGUGACGAUGAUGAUGAUAAGUGGGAUGACAUAAAACGCGAAGGUUCGCAAAAGUUUCCAGAUUCGACAAAACUUGGAGACUUUUCUAGAUUUGAUAAAAAGUUAUUUGAAAAGGAACUAAAGGUGUUUAAACUUGAUAAGUGUGAUCCUUCUAACGCACAAUUUCGCAAAAAGAGACGUAAUUCUAAAAGUCACAAAGAUUGGGAAAAUACUGCAGCUACUCCCCCAAUAGCUGAAAAGUCUUUACAAUAUUUGUCGCUAUCGGAAUCUUGUGUGCUUCAAGCUGAAAAUAUUAAAAAAAUGCAGCGUAUAAUGGAAGAAGCAGCUACUGAACGCUUGAUAAGCAAACUGGAACGUAAAGUCAUAAGUGAUGUCUGUCAUCCCAUCGAGGAAGAGUUUGCACAAAAUCCAAUGAAUGAAACAUAUCCAGCUAUAAAUAUUGAAGGCGAACUUAUCAUGGACGACGAUGAUACGUGUCAUCCAACCGAGGAAGAAUUUGAACAAAAUUCAAUAAAUGAAGCAUAUUCAGCUAUAAACAUUGAUGGUAAACUAAUCAUGGACGACGAUGGGUAAAACUACAAUUAUGCUCGUCAAAAAUUUAAUUUUAAUCAUUUUCAGA